CAAUCGCCAACCUGUUGAUGCAAGAAAAAGCCGUGGCGGCUCAGGAUGGCUCCAAUCAUUUUUAUUGCAUCAUUGUUUUUAGGAGUGGUGGCCAGGACCUCCUCUUCAUCCCAACAUGAUUGGACAGAUCCAGUUGGAACCAGACCAGUCUUUACUGAACUGAGUCCCCUCAGCAGAGAGGAGUCAUUGUUAAGUUACUAUGGCAACAGCGAGAAGGGUACGGUGGGUCUGACGUCAUUUCCUCUCGUCGACAAGGACCUGUCUGUUAGUGACGACAAGCCUCCACCGGAUGUUGGUAAUAUCGAUGAUGAGAUAUCAAAAGAUGACAACCAGAAAUGGCAAGGGCCGCAUAACAACAACAGUGGUGUUAACAAGGCCGGUAAUGCAAGUGAAGCACAGAACCCAGAACCAUACCUCAAUAAUACGAUAUCCUAUGAGCCAACUACAUCAGAAAGACUAAGUGACCCCGGGAACUUCACUACUUUAAAUAUUCAGAACCCUGGACAAAAUACCAACAUCACUGGCCCGAAACGCAAAGAAGAUUUCCUCUCAGUUUUCUUGGGGAAAAUAGAUGAUACAGUAAAUAUCACAUUCACAGGGAACGAGAACUCAAAACAAAACCUUAACCUCACCGCUGGCAGCAGUUUUCUUGCAAGUGAAAACAACAGCAGUGGGGGAAAUCAGACCACAGCAAACGACACGCUUACACAAAACCUGGGCUUCGAGUCAAGCUAUGGGAAUUCUACCGAUACUACCAAGGAAGGCGCACAGCUCCAAGGGUACCCUGAAGAAAUUAAUCGAAGGAAGAAAGAAAGAAGAAUGAAGAAAAGGCUAGGAAGAAAGCCAGGCAAGGAAGAAAGCUCUUUGAAUGAAAUUGAUGCUGACAAGAGUGAUGAUUCCAGUGAUGAUGUUUUCAGCGAUGUUGUGAUAAACGAGAGUGUGGUCCAAAAGGGAGAAAACGUCAUCGUACGAGAGUUUCGAGGAAGCUGUAAGGAAAAAGGCUUCCAAUUCGAAAACAGCUACCUCACUCUCAAUACAAACAAGUUCAGUAAGAAACCUACAAAUGAUCUAACGUUCUUCACGUGGCUUCGAAUUCGAAGAGUUGAUCGUGAAAGCCCUGUCUACUCCACGAAUGCAGCCGAUGGCGCCCCGGCGCAAUCACUCGUGAUAACACCGGCUGAUGCAUCGGUGCCCAAUGCUGGAGUCAGAUGGACGAUAAAACCAAAUAACCCCAGUGGGGGUGCCUCACCUCCUGUCAUUACUGUUUCAGCUGUCAACCUCAUUCCUGCAGGAAUCUGGACGCAUCUUGUUGCCAGAUACGACGGCAAAAAAGGACAGGCAUACAUUUAUGUCAACGGGAAUAAAAUGACCGCCAAGGAAGUGCCUAAGACUGCGUCGCUUGUCUGGGGACCCGAGGUUCUGCUAGGAGGGCUAAAGGAAGCAAGUGCAAAGCCACCAACAGGUCUAACUGGAAGUAUGCUCAAGAUAAGGUUUGUUGAGAAACCGAUGACAAAAGCAGAGAUUGAAGCUAUCGUGGCGGAAUGCACUCCGAAAAAUGGAGGCAUACCGUAUCUUAUAACUGUUUGCACCAGUACAAUUAUGGGAUCUAGCACGAGCUCGGGAGUGUUUCUGCAAAUCAAAGGAGUGGAGGGGCAUCUUGGAGAGUUCAAAGUUGGGGAAGAUUUCAAGCGCGGAUGCUCUAUGGUGGUAACUGUUGACGGACCGUUGCUAGGGGACGUCAAAAGUCUAUCCAUUCGAAAAGCAAAAGCCUCUGUCACCAGCCUGCAUAAAGACUGGACAUUGGACAAGAUCAUUAUAUCUAGUGGAACAUACGAAGAAACAGAUGCUCUGGUAUUCACAUUUCAAUGCAACCCGGUCUGCAAGUUCGUGGAUUCGGACCCUAAGACGUGGCUACAAACCUUAUCGGCCAAACCAGAAGUGAAUGGCGGCUGGUCGGAGUGGUCGGAAUGGAGUGGUUGCGGAAGUGGAAUGUGCGGAGGAGACAAGAAGGUCAAGACUCGUUCAUGUACAAAACCUGUUCCUUCCGAGGGUGGGAAGAAAUGCACCUUGCCUGAUGUUAAUAAGACGGCUGCGCUAAUCGAGACAAUGGAAGAACCAUGUAAAGUUGACGGUGGAUGGGGAUCCUGGAGUCCCUGGACUGAGUGUGCUCAGAUUUGCGGGGGGUCUAUAGUGGAAAGAAUACGAGUUUGUGAUAACCCCGCCCCGGCCAACGGUGGAGCUAAAUGUCCGGGACCGGACAAAGAGACCAAGGAAGACUGCAAGGAACCUUGCGAAGAUGUGCCAAUAAAUGGGGGGUGGUCAGAAUGGGAGGCGUGGUCACCUUGCGCCAAGACCUGUGGCGGGAGCACGGUUAUGCGCAAGCGCGUCUGCACUAACCCAGCACCAAAUGACCAUGGAUUACCAUGCGAGGGAGACGACACGGAAUCAGCGACGGAUUGCACAAACCAUUGUCCAGUUGACGGAGGUUGGGGCGAGUGGUCAGAGUGGACUCGCUGUAGCACCUCGUGUGGUCCUGGAAAGAAAACACGUGACCGGAAAUGCAAUAACCCUGAAGCUGCGUAUGGCGGGAAGUGCGUGGGGGAUGCACAAGAAACCGAUUCCUGCAAACUAUUUCCCUGCCCAAAUGCUGUUGACGGGAAUUGGGGCCCGUGGGGACCUUAUUCCGAGUGUACAGAGAAGACCAUUUGUUUGCAAGGGACCAGGGCCCGUAAGAGGAAAUGCGACAAGCCAGCCCCCUCGGAGGGAGGGGACGAUUGCCCUGGGCUCGACUCUGAUGAAGAAGUUUGCCCAACAAAGAACUGCAAGCCGCUGAAUGGGGAUUCCAUCUCUGUCAAGCCUGACUCAUUUCUUGCCCAGUCCUGCCAGGCGUCAACAGGAUUCUUCGCCACCGGCACAAAAUCCAAAGACAUCCCCGCCUCCAUUUUUGGCGUAUUCCUUAAGGACAUAAAAACCGCUCUUCAAACCAGCUACUUUGCCACGAAGACGGAGACGAAAAAGGGCGAGGAAAUUACCAAGUAUUGUUUCCAGCCUUCCGCCGAGCUGACAAUAGGGAGUAUCCAGAAGGCCUUCCCAGAAUACGCUUCGACUAGCACCUUACCGUCUUACGACAAGCCGGCUGUUACUGAAUUGAGUCCUGGGGUGGCUGUGGAGGUUAAAAAGGAUGGAACGCUUUAUGCAGCCGAGUUUAUGAUGGGGGAAUCAGAUAGUUAUUCUCCGAUGGUUGGCGUCACACUAAAGAACGUGCGGUUUUGGUAUCGGAAGGAGUCUGGGUCGAGAGGCAUAUUCGCUUACGGACAGCAGGAGUAUGUCAACUCUGAAUUUACUGUGAAGGUGUCUGCUGGCCCGACUGUCACGGGCUCAAGCACAAAAGGAGUAACUGACGCAGCUACCAUCAUGACCACCCUCGCAUUUCCAGUAUCGACAGCGGUUACUGGCCUAAAAGACCAACUCCUUAAAUUUGUCAUUGAUCACCUUACACUUCUGGCUCUUGCUAAAGUACCAAUCAAUGACUUGUCGGAAGCGGCGACCCUCGAUACCAAGCGUAUAUCCGGGUCUUUUGCAUGGGAGGGGAAGGACGUUUUUUACGUGGAGGCUAUCAAGAAGACAAGUUUUGCGAUAGGAUUCACUUCUGAUAAGACAGCUUUCAGAAACUUGGUGGAAACGAUAGUGACGAAGUUAAGUAAGAGUACGAAAAAAGACAAGGAUAAGAAGGGCCUGGAACUGUUUGGAGAGAUGCGGGAUGUUACGGUUGGCCUGGCGUACGCUCAUGGUGGAUUUGACGUCUCAAGUGAUACAACCUUCACUCGCGAACCACUCAAGACGGAGUUAGCGUCUUCCAUCAAGCAAGGGGUGUUUGUAGCCGCGCGCAUGCGCCUACCUGAAGCCUGCAAAGGAGCCAUCUGUAAUAUCGCGCAUCACCUGAUCGGUAAAGACAACUGGAUAAGGUUUUCCGGUAAUAUCAUGAUGACGGGAUUUGAGAUGAAAGCAAUGGUGCAGGUGGAUAAGAAUGAGAACAAUACAAAUAAGGCCAGAAUAUCAGAAGUACAGAUCUUUAUCAAGCUGGAGAAAUGGGUGACUUUUUCUGCGGGUAUCGGAAUAGCUGUGGCCAUCCCGAUAGACGGAAACAUAUUCAAAGAUGACAUUCCUCAGCCAAAGAACGAGCUCACUCUGCGAGGGACUUUAUCGCUAAGUUCCACCCUAACUACAGUGAUUUCGCUCAAGAUGUCGGGGAUAUGGAGGAACGCUUUUGGAAGGUCCUAUCUAAGCAUAGCAGACCUGGGAGCCGAGAUCGGUAUCACAGCAACUGGUCUGCCUAGUAAGAUAGCCCUCAGUGGUACCGUAAUACUCGGCAGAGACUGCUUCUUCGCCGAAGACUUCGCUGCCACGGGAUCGUGUCUCCAGGCCGCGGCGAAUGUACAGCUCUCACCAACGGACAUAACAAAUACGUAUUUCUACGGCAGUUUAAAAGCUGUGACCUUCGGGAAAGUUUUCCGUAUGCUGGACUCCAAACUACAGUUGCCAAAAAGAUUGGCCGACACAGGGUUUGAGGAGGGCGUGGUGGUAUCGUUUGCUUUUAAAGAGCAGACUAUUCAGUUUGCCGGGAAGUCCACCAAGGUAAUGAAAGGCCUUUACAUCAACGGGAAAAUCAAUCUCCUCGGCUUCAGUACGGCACUUAUACUUCAACUCAGUACAGAUGUGAUAAGUGUCGACGUGACUUUAGGUGUAAUAUCGCUUCCGGGAGAUGUUAAGAUAUUUAAAAGCAUCCAAGAUGAAAAAAGCGGGCCGAGGUUUAAGGUCAACGUCACGAGGACGCCACUCUCCGCCGAGAUUACCCUCCAAGGAGCAAUGAACGUGUUUGGCAUAAAGACGGGCAUCUCGUUUAUUUUCAAACCGUCUGCAAUCCAAGCUGAGUUUUCCUUCACUAUCCUAAACUCGCUGACUCUGUCGGUGUUGGUGAAAGGAGCCUACGGGUCAGAUAAGUCGACAACAAAAGAUGACAAGAAUGCAAAGAGUUCAUUCGGAUUCAAAGGCAUAUCGUUUACAGCAAAUGUUACAAUAGCUACAGUGACUCUUCAAAAUGGCACCAAGGCCGAUGUGUCCGGUUUGAUCGAAAAUGCCCGAACCAAGUUACAAGCAGCUACAGAAAAAGUUCGAGUGGAGAAGGAGAACUGUAAGAAAAGUGUUGCCACACACUGCGACUUGUGUCAGAAGAUCGUUUGCAGUCAAGUGACGAGUGCGUGUAACGAAGCUUAUGACGAAUUCAAGAACUACAUUGGGAAGGCUGUCGAUAAAGGAGGGCGCUGGGUUAAGGAUGUCAGCAAGCAGUUCCUUGUUGCUGUAAGUAAAAAGCAGCAAAGGAAGCGGAGGAGUACCGAGCCUUUCACAGAUUACAUCAGAGAUGAAGUCAGAAGUCACGUGCGAAAAAAGAGAUUUGUUGGCAAAUAUCUGUGCACUAAAAUAGCAAAAAAAAUCUGCGGUGGAUCGAAGAAAUUCUGCAAAGCAUCUUGCAAAAUGACAUCUCAGAUUACUAAAGGCGUCUGUAAAUCCCUGGAUUUCGCCCAGAAAUCCUUACACUUCAUAGAGCAAGGCUUCUACUGGGUGCAAAAGGCGCAAGCGAAAUUAGCAGAUACGUUCACCCUCAACUCAAUAUCUUUCCAAACGGAACUUUCUUCUGCACUCAAAGCUAGUGUUUCGGCGAAGGCGGACGUGACAAUAUUCCAGGUGCGCCGGGUGUUUGACGUGACUCUAAGCCUUGACAACCUUAAGAAAAUGGCCCUUAUCAUCGCAAGUAGAGCAGUAGAGGAAUUCAAGAAGAUCGUCUCUCCGAGGUUCAGCAAGCCCUUAUACGACAAUCCGGGCAACGAGGCUGAUUACGUCAUUUCCGCUCCAUUCAGAAUUCAGAAUGUUGGGAGUGAGAUGUGUAUGAAGAGUUCAGGUGAAACCGAGGGCUCACAUUUACCGAUGGCAGCGUGCGAAGGCGACGCGACCUUGUGGCUUUAUACGCUCACGGGAGAAUUGAUGAAUAAAGAGACCGGUCUGUGUUUGACGGUGUCGGGUUCUCCACCGAACCUGAAGGUCGUGCAGAUGAAGUGUAAGGUCGCUUCUACAAGCCAACAACUCGAGUGCGAAUGGAACAGACUCUUCUCGCCACAACAUACUGAGAACUGCUUCAUGGAAAAAGCGGACACAGUGUCGAUAGCAAAAUGUCCAAAGAUAAAAAUAACAGAGAAUACGCAAGAGCAAGCGACAGAGAAUACGCAAGAGCAAGCGACGGACUCGUGUCAGGAGUGGCGUGUACAUAACGACCCCAGGAAAAAAGUUUGUGAUUACUUCGUGAAAGAUCUUUCUUUUAACAAGCCUGCAACUCAAUCCAGCAGACUGACGGAGGCCAACUUGGACAACAGUGUCUCCGCUGAGGAAAAAAGGGUCUAUUUAAAUUCAGGACCUGAGCUGGCCGUGAAUGGCGACAUGUCUUCUCGCCUCCCUGAGGGCUCCUGUGCGCAUACGGCCUCUGAAAAAGAUCCUUGGUGGAGAGUGGACCUACAAGACGAGUACAUAGUCACGGACGUCAGCUUACAGUCUGCCAUGAACGGCUACUUAGUUGAGGCCUUGUCUAACUUCGAGAUACGCGUUGGCAUGGCGACAGACUUCAAAAGAAACCCGAUGUGCGGCCAGCGUGUAGUCAGCACUCACUUGGGGGAGCUGUGGACCUCCCAGUGUGAGCCCGCGAUCCCUGGACGAUACGUGUCUGUGCAGAAAUUUGGUGAAGCGGUUUCUCUGACACUUUGCGAAGUCGCGGUGUUCGCAAGAAAAGAUAAUAGCUGCUCUAUUAAAUUGCAAAAGAAGAGGAACGAAAUCACGAGUUACAAAGGGCUCGCGAUAAAACGAGCGUCAGUAACAUACGGCUACUACCAUUAAACCACACACGUGAGAGAAACCUCAUUACAGCCAUUAAAAAAAUAAUAAAACACUAAUUAAUUAGGCUUGAUUAUAAUAGACUAAACACAAGCAACCCACAAAUAGACGUGGAAGGACAUUGUAAUGCCAAAAUACGCAAAGAAGAAAAGAUUUCAGCCAACAAAGUAAUGAUUAUCCGCAAGAUUGUAGCUGCUCUUUGAGAUACCCCGGUAUGAACAAUUCCCUUCAUAAGGUACAAAAAGAUGGCCGCAGUCAUGCCACUAAAAUUGACAACGAUAGAAUAGAAUUACUAAUUAUAUUAAAUAAACUGCAGAUCAAAA